CCCAAACUGGACUCCAAAGGCUUUGAGAAGCGUAGACGGCUAAUCGGUUGCUCUCGAUAAACUAGUUCUGCUUCCAAGCCCAUGGCGUCCAAAAGGUUGAGAAGAAGCAGCCACUAAAAAAAGGAUGUGACCUGACCUUUGUGUGUUCCAUUUGUCGACUACACCCACCCGCAUUGUUAUGAACACCCUACUCUGUUUGUUUACAUGUAUAUAUACAUAUAUAAAUGGCGCUCGGAUAUGCAUUCAAGAAGCCUCUAGCUUCUGACAUAUUUAAAUCCUGGCCCAACGCUGCAUCUAAACUCAGCGGAGUGCCUUUCAUUCUGGUUCUGGUUUUAUUAGCAGGAAUCCUACUCCGGCAUAUCGUGUUCGAUUCCGACCCAUACCGUUGCAAUGCGCUGGUGACUUCGGGGCAAUGGUUCAAGGAAGACCUUCGUCAAUGGCUCAUUCCUGGGUGCUCGACCGCUCACUACGGAAGGGCGGAUGUGGAUGCGUGCACUGAUAAAAAGAAGCGGGAAAUUGUCAUUGCUGGCGAUAUCCAUCUUCAGGGUACUUACUGGGCCUUUGCGGAGCGCGUGGGCUUUGGGAAUAAAUGGCCUUCGUUCGAAGAAAAGGAUCUGGUUUUUGAAAAGGACCAUGUGCAGUUGAGGUACUUUUUCGAUCCGUACCUCAAUGGGAGUAGUCUGCUCAGUCGAAUCGAGUCUCAGGGAAACGCGCCACAGGACCGUCCGAUGUUGAUGGUCGUGGGCGCUGCCAACUAUGCCAUCGAUCACAACAGAACCGAAGAGUAUAUCGCAACGGUCCAAAGCCUCGCAUCUACAGCCAUUAGUCCUGGGUCACGGAGCUUGCAUGGAUCGAAGAUCGAUUAUACGUCCGGACCGGGAGACUUGCUCUUGUUCACGCCGCCGCAGAAGCCUUCAAUGAGCUCCAGAUCAGACAGUGAUGACGAGAAGAAUAAGAAACUCCUUCCGUACGACAAACUGGACGAGAGUCUCCGAGAAUUGAGCACCACCAAUACCUUAGACGUCCUCUGGAGCUUUGCAGCAAUGACCAAUGGCCAACGACAGAAUGUCUACCAAAGCAACGGCGUCUUCGUUACAAACGAAGUCUCGCAUCGCCGCGUAGACGUCUUACUCAAUCUCCGCUGCAACGCCCGAAGAGCGAACACAGGGGCAUUUCCCAACCUGGCGACAUGUUGCGGCAGUUGGCGAGCCCCAAAUCUCCUUCAAACCACCUUUCUCGUCCUUUCCAUCGCUAUUCUCCCUGCGAUCGUCUCCGCAGACUUCAAAUACGAAAUUCUCUCCGACUCCUCACGUCCAGGGGUUCGAGCCUUGAGUGCUUUCACAGCCGUCGUUGCAAUAUCCUACGUCGCCGAUCGAACGCACGUCUUUGAGCAAGUUACUCGUCUCCCUCUGAAUAAAUUCAAUCUCUUCAGCAUGAUCAUCAUCGCAGGAGUAAUUGGAGUUUUAUCAAUUCGCCGCAGCAAAGGCCCUCCACCACCACGCAGACCCCUUCCAGCAGCACCCGCAGCAGGAGUAGCGACAGCAGCAACAUCAGCAGCAAGCCCUCCUCUUCCUCCUCCUCCUCCCUCCCCAUCGUUCCCAUUCCUCCCCCGAGACCAAACCGACGAAUGGAAAGGCUGGAUGCAACUCCUCAUCAUCAUCUACCAUUACAACAUGGCAUUUUGGUACGACGAAUUCUGGCAAAUCAUCCGCUUAUGCGUCUCUUCCUACUUAUUCUUGACGGGAUUUGGACACACGGUGUAUUUUUUGCAAAAAAGGGAUUUCUCCUUGAAACGUCUGGUGAAUGUAUUGAUUCGCACGAAUUUGUUGCCGUGUACGUUGGCGUAUGUGAUGAGGACGAAUUGGUUGCUUUAUUAUUAUAUGCCCCUUUCCACAUUCUGGUUCCUCAUCGUCUACGCCACCCUCGCAAUCGGCCAAAAGUACAACCAUCGCACACUUUUCCUGCUCUUCAAAAUCGCCUUCAGCGCCGGGUUGGUACACACUUUUCUCUCGACCAAAGAUCUCCCCGAAACUGUCGUUCGCUUCUUCGUCAUCACCUGCAAAAUGAAAUUCGACACGAAUGAAUUCUUCCAUCACCGUGUACAGGUGGAUCAGUAUAUUGUCUAUGUGGGAAUGGUAGCCGCGAUGCUCUACAUUUUUCUCAAAGACAUUCUUUCUCAACAACAACAAGAAGAAGAAGAAUCCAUCAGCAUUCUUCACGACAACAACGACAGCACGAAACCCCACCACCACCAAAACCCCCCAUCCCUCAGCAGAAGCAGAGGAAAAACAAAUCUAAUCCUCCACCUGUGGCCCCUCCUCAAACGCCUCGCCAUCCUCCUCUCCCUCCUCACCCUCCCCCUAUUCUUCCACACCACACACACCCACCUCUUCCGCACGCACGACCAACGCCCCUUCGCCACCUGGCAACCCUACAUAACCUUCCUCCCGAUCCUCUCCUUCACGAUCCUACGCAACGCACACCCCGCGCUACGCUCUCACCACUCCACCAUUUUCGCCUGGUUGGGGCGAUACAGUGGUGAAAUGUACGUGCUGCAAGAUCAUAUUUGGCUCGCGGGUGAUCAGCAAGCGGUGUUGCGGACGGGGAUAUUUGGGGCCGCUGGCGCUGGUGAUGAGACGGUAUGGGGGGAUCGGUGGAGGGAUUUGAUUGUGGUGACGGUGGGGUAUUUGGUGGGUUGUAGAAUUGUUGGGGAUGCGACGGGCGGGAUUGCGGAGUGGUUUGUUAGGGAGGAGGGAGGUUCUGGCUCUUCUGGUUCUACUUCUUCUUCUUCUUCUUCAGCAGCAGCAGCAGUAUGGGGUCGCGAUGGGGAGGGGAAUAAAGAUGAGGUGGAAAUGGGAUUGUUGGCUGGCGCCGCUGGGUCUGCGACAAGAAGUAGCGAGUACGGAGAAAAAUUUGGUCAAAGACGAUCGUGGUUGCAGCGAGUAGCUGUGCAAGUGCUAUCGAUUAAGCUACGCUUGUGGCCGACGAAACUUAAGAACCGGGUGGUAUUGGUGUUGGCAAUCAUGUGGUUGCUGAAUGUGGGCAUCCUCCAUGUGUAA